AACAUCGCAAAGGAUCUUUAGACUUUACGAUGGCAGGUCGUAGCAAAAAGAAGGGCACCUCUGGUGCAGCCAAAAACUACAUCACCCGCACUCGCGCCGUGAAGAAGCUUCAGAUCUCGCUUCCAGACUUCAGACGGUUAUGUAUCUUCAAGGGCAUAUACCCUCGCGAGCCGCGCAACAAGAAGAAGGUGUCGAAGGGAUCUACCGCCGCGACAACCUUUUACUACACAAAGGAUAUUCAAUAUCUGCUCCAUGAGCCGCUACUGGCGAAAUUCCGCGACCACAAGUCCGUCGCAAAGAAGAUUGGCCGCGCUCUUGGUCGCGGCGAGGCAGGAGAUGCUGCGCGCCUGGAGAAGAACCUUAUGCCCAAGGUCAAGCUGGACCACAUCAUCAAGGAACGCUACCCUACCUUCGUCGAUGCCCUGCGCGACCUCGACGAUGCCCUCUCCAUGCUCUUUCUCUUCGCCAACCUCCCGUCCAGCGAGCAUAUCCCCGCCAAGACGAUUGCCCUCUGUCAACGCUUGACCCGCGAAUUUGAACACUACGUAAUCACCUCCCAUGCUCUCCGAAAGUCGUUCCUCUCCAUCAAGGGCAUUUACUACCAGGCAACGAUUCAAGGUCAGGACAUACUUUGGUUGGUACCGUACCGUUUCGUGCAGCGGACGGGUGGAGACAUUGAUUUCAGGAUCAUGGGCACUUUUGUCGAAUUUUACACUACAUUACUCGGCUUCGUCAACUACCGCCUCUACACAUCCGUGGGACUCGUAUACCCACCCAAGUUCAACGCCAAGAGCGACGAGCAAGGCGGCGAGUUGGCUGCUUUCCAGCUUGAGGGCAAGGCCAAUGCUACAAACGGCACAAACGAUCCCAUGGAAGAUGUAGAGAUCAACCCGGAGGCGCAGGCGAUAGCAGACAGGCUCGCAGCUAUGCCAGAUGCCGAGGAAGACGAUGAAGUCCCAAAUGUGACCGCGGCCGCUAUGGGAGACGAUGAUGAAGAGGAAGCUACCGAAGGCAUCGAUACGUUCGAGCCGACAGCUCCUGACGCCGACGUCUUGCCACAACCCCAGGCCAGCAGCGCUCAAAUCGCAUCUCUUUUUGCACCUUUCACCUUCUACUUGUCCCGCGAAACGCCCCGUACAUCACUCGAGUUCAUUCUAAAGGCUUUCGGCUGCAAACGAGUUGGUUGGGAUGGCAUCCUUGGUGACGGCGCUUUCACGACAAAUGAGUCUGAUCCUGCAAUCACCCAUCAGAUCAUUGACCGGCCACCGCUAGCAAAUGGCGCACCUGCUCCCGACGUCCCUGAGAACGAAAAUGGUGGUGCGGCGGCGCCUAGGGUUCAGUGGCCUCAUUCGACAAUGCCUGGCCGAACAUACGUCCAGCCGCAAUGGGUAUGGGACUGCAUCAAUCAGAGCAAGCUGAUGCGACCGGAUCUCUAUGCUCCUGGCGCCGAGCUUCCGCCUCAUUUGAGCCCUUGGGUCAAUGCCAAGAAGGGAGAGUACGACCCAAAUCUUCCGCUUGAGGCACAGCAACCGGAGGGCGAGGCCGAAGCUUUCGAAGACGAUGGAGAUGACGACGAGGAGGCGACGUUUGAUGUUGACGGCGAUGAAGACAUGGACGCCAUAAUUGAUCGUGAAGGCUCCGUGGAGGUCGGAGAAGGCAUGGACGUUGCCGAUUCCGACUCAGAGGAUGAUAGCGACGACAGCGAGUCUGAAGUCGCCGCUGAAGAAUUUGAUGGUUUCGAAUCGGAUGCUGAGUCCGAUAUCUCUGAAGGAGAAGCUGGUCGCAUUCAACACCAGCGCGAACUCGAGGCAGAAGCUACUGGCAAGAAGGUGGAAGUGGUCAAACCAACAAGGAAGGAGCAGAAUGCAGCAGUCCGCAAGAAGGCUGACAAGAAGAGGCGCCAAGAAGAGGAGGAGCGCGAGAGGCAGAAGAUGAUGUUGUCCAACAAGAAGCGUAAGCUGCUCAAGCGCAUCGAGUACGGCGAGAACAAGCGCGACGUCGAGUCAGAGACUCUACGGAGAAAGCGUGCGAAGCUGGAAAAGGCAAAGGCUGCUGCGGAGGCAUUGUAGGUACAUAUCAAAAAUAAGUGGGAGGCGUUCUUGCGGGCUGGUGUUUAGGGAGCUGGGCAACUAUCGAAAUGAUUCAUGUAGUUUGUUCGAUAUUUUUGCUGCUGGCCAAAUUGCUGGCCUUGUUGAUAAAAUGACUACUGAUCUCCUUG